CAUGGUUUUACUUCAACUUUAAUAAUUUCAACAACUCGGCCCAUUAUUUUCCAAUUCACUUACGACUUCGAUCUAUACUUAAUUUCAGAGGGAAUAACUAUUGAACUCUUGGGCUUCAGCCUUCCAUUUUUACAACACACGCAACCUUCUCGAAGUGAGCGACAAAUAUUUUUUUUUUACCACACUUUACCUGCUAAACUUACUCUGUUUAUCAAAGUAUUUGUCCCUUUUCAUUAAAUCUAGCCUUUGGAAAUAGAGGUGCUAUUUUUUUGGCGUCAUUUAUGACUACAACUAACCAUUUCCCUACAGUUCGCAAUUCUUACGUUCUUCGUUGACUAUCGCAGCUAGAGCUUUCACUGCCAAAUCAUUCUUCAUGUCAACCAGCGAAUUCUGAUCAUACCAAUACGAAAAUGGAGGACGAUGAUCCUUGGGGCUGGUCGAUUGACAGGAUAGUUCAAGAGUUUUGCACCGACAAACCAUCGUGGGAACUUCGGGCAGCCUCCAGCCGUUUACCAGACCCUGUGUAUUUAGAGAAGGUCUUUCGGGAAAAUGAGAUUACAGGAGAUAUCCUUCUACUCGAGAUUGAUGAUAAGACUCUGCGAGAGGAUCUUCAAAUAUCCAAACUUGGCUGGCGGUCCUUCAUUCGAUAUGGAAUCGAGCAACUUCGCGAAAGAAGCGCAAAAUACCAGGAUUGGUAUACCAAAGAACGUGGUUUGGCUAAUUCUGCUCUGGUUCCAGAGAAAUAUGAUAACAGCCUGCCAAGUGUGUCGUCUCAUCCCGAGUUCAACUUCACCAUUAAUUCGACUAUACCAAUUCAUAUGCCGGCUGACAUUCCUGGUAUUCAAAACAUCGCCGGUCUGCAGCCCUUGAAACUAAUGACGGGAAAAGAAGCUGAAGCGCCAAAUUUCAAUUCGAAUCAGGCUGGUAAAGACGUGUCUAAUGUAUCUGGAGGCAACAAGCGACGGAGAAUGGAUGAUGAAGCUCUUCGCGAAAAUCUGGACCAAUCAUUGCAGGAUAAUCUUUCUGAAGCGCUCCUCCUAACUCCCUCACUUUCUCCUAAUCAUUCUUCAACUGAGGAGCAUGAUGUUCUGAGCGGACGAAUUUCCCUCAAUUCCUCAGAUCAUGCAUCCAAUGGGGUGCAACCUGGUAAAAAGCGUAAGCGCAUUGCCCCAACGUUGAUUACAACGGUCAUCGACCAAACAAGGGAUCGAACAAUACGCACGGAGGCUGAUACGGUCCGUAUCUACCUCCAUUCACAGCUGGAUCAUGGUUAUCUGGGAAAUUCACGGAUGUCUGUAGAUGACGUUUUCUAUGGCAGCGUUGCAGUGGGGCAGCAGAUCCCGUCUGGCGAAAUGGUACUUGAGUUCCAGGAAAGGAGCGCUAUCUCAACUGGCCGUCGUCUGUAUAUCCAUAGUCUCAUGAGACAUUUUCUUGGCGUCAACCCGGGAACUUUCGAGCGAAAUCAGAAAACUCUGAUGUCAGUUCAGCCAUAUCGCUUACGACUCACCCAAAAAUCUUCAUUCACGCUAUAUCGCCCCAGCUCUGACGAUACAAUCGAAGUCACCCGGCAACCAUUAUCGUCAUGGCCCGAAAUCAACCCGGAAGCAUCCCACGUUAAAUCUUCCAAAGCUGGAAAGUCGACCUUCAGCUUCGAUUCAAGUGCCGGAGGUGAUCUUCUGACGAAUGCUUACGAUGAUCCCGAUGCUCUGAACAAAUACAACAUGCUCAGUGGGGAUGAUGAAGAGCUACCAUUGUAUGGUGAAUCUGGCUCGGAGAAUGGUUUUGACACAGAAACAUGGGAAGCCAUAGAUGAGGAGGCUAGGGAGAUGGCUGCAUACAUUGAAAAGGAGAAGCAAAAGAACAAAUUUCUUACCCCACAAGAGGUAGAAAUGGCUGUCGAUGCAGGUAUCGCAGAUAUUGUUUCCCAAUGGCAAGAAACAAAGCUCCCCAAACGUCGCCAAAAAGCAUUUCGACUCUGGACAAAGUCACGUCGGACAGGAUCAAAGUAUGCAGAUAUCCGAAAGGCACAGCAAGAUUUAAAACAUCUUGUUGACAAACGCAUCCCCAAGCUUCGAGAGAACAUAAUACUCGGUCAAUGGUCAAACGAGCAUCAAGUACGUCACCAAACUCGCAUCAUGGAAGCAACUAUUUUUGAUCGAGAGGAUCUGGUCUACACAAUUUAUCUUCUCCAGAAGAAGUCUCCACCUCCGAAACUGUCCACAGAUAUCCCUGUGAAACCUAAAAAAGCUAUCCUAUCUGCACAUGACAGUGACUCUGGAGAGUCCAUACACAGCGAGUCUUCCGGGGUUGAGAGUGUCGGCGAGAUUGGCGAUUUUGUUGUUGAAGAACUGGAUCUUGCGGAUGAUGAGGAAGAUGUGACCAUGUCCGAUGACAGUCUCCCAGAAGCUCCCAUGACUCCAGCUCUAGGGGUAGCUAAGCCAGUUUCAAGAUCCGGGUCCUCUGUACUCCGUGAUUAUACCACUGAAGGAAACCACAAUGUGGAUCCAUUAUCUGACGAGGAAGAACUCGGAUCUCCCGAGCCAAUGACGCACUCUCCUUACGAUAAAGUCAAGUCCGAAUGGAGAGUUCCAUUAUCAACAUCCACACCUGAGAAGACUAGUCCUACUGUCAUCGACUUGGUAACCCCGGAAAGCAAUCGAGCAUCGAAAUCAAAGUCAAACCUCAAACCUACAGGUCUUACCAAUCCAAUCAUUCUUUCAUCCGGAUCUGAUCGAGACCAGCAACUCUUAAGACCAUUGUCAGAUCCAAAUAACCCCCCAUCGCUCACGACACCAGCCGCUGUGUCUCGCUUUGAUUAUAAGACUUGGGAGGACUCUAAAGACCGGGAUCGACUCAUAGUUACAGCUGUAGACAAGCUUCCAAGCCACGUACAGAAGUCCCUGUUUGAGCUUAUCGCGACAAUGGAUGAUGAAACAAAGUUGCGAGCCCGUGUGGAGGAAUCAAUAAACCUCAGCCACGAGAUCAAGGGCUUGGAUGAGCAGUUAUCCAUGGCAUUACUGACUCUUGUUAGGCUAUUCUGGAUUUUUAUUGAUUGCAAGUUUCACCUUGCAAUUGACGGGUGGAUGCGUACUGCAGCUAGUGCAAUUCGUAAUGAUGACUUCAGCUCCCUUCACUGUUUUUAUACACUUUGCAAAUCAUUACGGGGUUAUUUCAAUCCAAAGAUUCGUCUUAAUUUCCUGAAAGCAGAUAUCCCAUUAGAAUCUGGGAUGGCGUCUGACGACGACGAGGAUGGUGAGCGCCAAGGUUCGGUCAAGAGAAAACGUAAACCCGUUAGGUAAGCUACUACACUCUGCUUGGAUCACAUCCUAUUCGAGGCUAAUAGACGAUAAUAGUACAAGUGAUAGUGAGGAGUUUUUUGAAGAAGAACAGGAGUCACCAAGCAAGAAGCCAAGAAAGUUUUUUGAGGAUGCAAAUGCUCGGAACUUGCGAGAGCAAGAUAGAGCACGAGUAACUGCACAAGAAGAGCGCAAAAAGCAACUCCGAGCUAGACUAAGGGAAUCUGACAAUGUCGGAGAUGUGGCAUUGGACCGUCACAUCAUCAACGAGGGGAAAUUUGAUGAUCAAGGUUACAUCUAUGUUGAUAAAGAGAUCGGCAAACGCAUAAAACCUCAUCAACUAGAUGGCGUAAGAUUCAUUUGGAAUCAAAUCACUGCUGAUGGAAAAGCAACACAAGGAUGCCUUCUGGCCCAUACUAUGGGACUAGGAAAAACUAUGCAAACGUUAGUAUAACCAAUCCUUUUUCAUCACCCGUUACUGAUAAUUCCUUAGAAUUACUAUACUUGUUGCGCUAGCUCAAGCAGCCUCUUCUACGGAUGAGUCCAUAUCAUCACAAGUUCCCGAAAGUCUUCGUGUGUCAAAAACAAUCGUUCUUUGUCCUCCAGGAUUGAUUGCUAACUGGGUGGACGAACUUCUUACCUGGUCACCGGAUGAUAUUCUUGGAGAUUUGAGACCGGUCGAGUCAGCUUCCAGCCUUGACAGCAGAUUCCGUACCAUUGAUGAUUGGUUCCUCGAGGGAGGCAUUUUGCUCAUAGGAUAUGAUAUCUUCCGCAAAUUCAUUACUUCACCGAAGUCAAAACCAGAUAAACCUUUAACGCAUUCUUAUAUCAGUAAGAUGGAGCGCGCAAAGGCUCAACUUCUUGAAGGUCCAAAUAUUAUCGUGGCCGAUGAAGCGCAUAAGAUGAAGAACUACAAUUCCGCUUUGAAUUGGGCUGCCUCCCAAUUCAAAUCUAAAACUCGCAUUGCAUUGACCGGAUCACCACUUGCAAACAAUGUGGAGGAGUAUCACACGAUGGUUGAAUGGGUUGCACCUAAUUACCUUGGCCCUAUAGAUGAGUUUCGAAAGAAAUACAAAGAACCAAUCGAACAAGGGCUUUUUAUCGAUAGCAGCCGACAGGAGAGGUUCAAUAGCAAGAAAAUGCUUGAGGUCUUGAAGGAUGAUUUGUCCCCGAAGGUUCAUCGUGCAGAUACAUCAGUCCUUAGAGAUGAUCUACCGCCUAAAAAGGAAUUCGUCAUCAACGUUUCUCUUACUGAACUCCAGAAGCAAGCAUAUGUCACCUACGUACGUUCAAUGUCAUCACAAAAGCCGGCUCGAACAAAAUCCGGAGAGCUGAAGCAGACGACUGUAUGGUCAUAUAUCAACAUAUUGACUUUACUUUGUAACCACCCUUCCUGUUUCAAGGCAAAAUUAGAUGAGCGAAGCAGUGAGGUUCACGGAAAUUCUCAACCCGAUACACGUAUCGCUACCACAUCUCACUCUCGGAAGGUUAAACAAAUGGACGUGGUAAAUGAAGAUCUUGAGAAUGAUCCAGAAGCCUGGAAAAUUGGGGUCUCUGAAGACUUAAUCUCUGCAGAAGCAAAGAUUUUUGAGUCUGUAGAGAACAUUAAAAACCCAGAGUUGUCAAACAAAGUCAGGAUUCUUUGUCAAAUACUCGACGCUUCCAAAGUUGUUGGUGAUAAAGUUUUGGUAUUCUCACAAACGCUUGUGACCCUUGACUUCCUCGAAGACAUGUGUAAGGAACAAGGUAGAAAAUAUGCAAGGCUCGAUGGUAAAACUGCUAUGGGUAAACGCCAAGCAAUCGUCAAGGACUUCAACUCCAACAAUUUAGAGCUCUAUCUAAUUUCGACUAAUGCUGGUGGCUUGGGCUUAAAUUUAUACGGUGCUAACAGGGUGGUUAUAUUUGACUUCAGGUAUAAUCCUAUCAACGAAGAGCAAGCAAUCGGUAGAGCAUAUCGCAUUGGCCAGAAGAAACACGUGUUUGUUUAUCGCUUGAUGGCUGCUGGCACAUUCGAGAAUAGUAUCCAAAAUAAAGCAGUAUUCAAAACGCAACUUGCCUCGAGGGUCGUCGAUAAAAAGAACCCAUUGUCAUGGGCCCAAAAGGGUUUAGGAGAAAUUCUCUUUGAACCAAGACAAAUACCACAAGAAAAUCUUAAAGAAUUUGAAGGAAUGGACAGUGCUGUUCUAGACAAUAUCCUUAACCUAAAAGAGAACAACGGGGCAAUUUUAAAGAUUAUCCAGUCUGAUGAUUUUGAGAAGGAUGAUGAUUAUCAUAUGACCCCUAAGGAGAAAGAAGAAGUCCUCACAAGGGUUAAAGAAGAACAAUUAAAGCGCUCUGAUCCCGAGGCUUAUCAGAAGGCUGUGCGGACAAGAAAACUAGCUGAAACUGCUGCAGGGCAACAAAUUCCAUUGAGACAUCCACCACUAAUGCCCUCCAUUGUCAAGAAUGAAAUGGUCAAUGGUAAAAACUCUAGAAUUAAUUUCCAAAAUAAAAACCCGAAUUCAGAUAUAGAAGAGAUAUCCGCAGGACGAUUUAUAGAAGAAAUAUCUGCAGGAAGGAAUGUAAGGUGUGCCAUACUUUCUCCCAAGAUGCCGAAAAAGCUAACAAAUCAUAGGCCAAGGAAACUUUCAUUAGAGAACUGAAAACUAUCGCCAGGGCUAUGGAUCAAUUUGCGCACGACGAGUAUACGAUAAGGCAAAGAGCAAUUGAGAUUAGCAGGAACAUCCAAAAGUUUUAUCAGAAUAAGUUUGAAUGGAAUGAUAAUCGUAAAAGAAUAAUUUACCAAAGGGCUUACGCAUUCGUUCUCGAAAAUGAAGCUACGGCUCAGCGACUUUUGGCUCUGGAAUUGGGAACUGAGGAAUUUACAAUUCAACUUUCAUCUUGGUGGAACAAGCGCCCAACCCCAAAACCAAAACCUGUUAGUGGCCAACAAGUUCAGAAUUCUGCCCUAUCAGUCAGUCCCCAGGGGCUCCGAGCUGCAGUUCCAUUGACCAAGAAUGGUAACGAUGGAGCCGUGGAUAAUCAUGUUAGGGCUGAGUCAGUAAUUCCUCCGCAAUCCGCCUUUUUACCUGCCGGAGCUAGGAAUUCGUUUGAUGGGCCAAGCACACGGAAUUCAGAGAGCGUGAAACCUUCGGAAGUUUCUAAUAUUAUCGGCCGCCAGUCGACGCAUGCAACUGAACCCGAAGAGCAAAACGUCUCAUCACAAGACUCCACAGGAGAUAUUCCGAACCACAUACCAAACGACUCACUGUCUGAGGUAAUAGAGCAACCUGAUUCACCUUCUGUUUUGAUUCCGAACCCAACGGAUAGAAGGAGGGUAGAACAAUCCGCAGUUAGUCAAUCUGUUGGGGUGGUGGCAUUGAACAACCUUGAUAAGUCUACAGCCAAUGGCAAUGUCAAAGUGGACAAAUCUACCAGUUCUCCCUCAACCACCUCAUCAUCAAGUGAUGAAGUGCCACUGAAUUCAUCUUCCAAGAAGGGACUCCUUCAAAGGAUAUUUGGAUCAUAGGUUGGUGUCAAUACUAACAUACUUGAUUAUAGACCAGAAUGUUUCAAGCCAUGAAUCGUCAGCCACAAUCACUGAGGAUUCCUGUGGUAUCCCCCUCCGAAAGAAAGAGUAAUCGAGGCAGUAUGCAUGCUGAGGACUCAGAGGUAAUGCGACAUGUUGAAAAACGGCGGUUAGCUCGGAGACAACCUUUACAUACUUCGUCAAGACCAUCUUUCAAUAGAUCCUCACAAAGUACACCAACAUCAUUUUUACGGCCUCAAAAAUAAUACAUACCAAAAUCAACAACUUUCGUUUUUCUUUUCUUUUCUUUUUUUUUUUCUUUUCGAUACGCAAUACAAAAUCGCAACGCUAUUACAAAUAUCUUUUCAGAAAUAAUGGAAUAAAUCGGUUAAUACACAUGAAAGACGCAUACUAUCUUUAGGAAUGUGGAGUUGGAGGAAGUGGCAGUUCUGAAGUUUACUGGGGGACAACUUUCUUUUCGUUAUUAUGAUACCACAUUGUUAUUUUUUGCGAUAUUGAAGGAAGGUUAUUGGCAGGCAUUUACAUGAUUAUUGAUUUGAUAUCAAUGGCUUGUAGAUGAAGUGCCAGUGGCGUGGCAUCCUUUACGAAUUUUCUUUAUUGCUGCAACGAGGGUAUGAACAUAGGGAAGUCAUGGCUGCUAGCAUUGAGUUCUAGAUGUAUGCAUGGACUGGUAGAUAUUGGCAGGGGUAUGGUAUGUGGGUAGUGAUGGGAUGGAGUGGUGGAGUGGUGGAGUGGAUAGAUGGAGGUGGUGGUGAUACAUAGCCUAACCUAAUUUUGCUGGGAAUAUGGGACAUUGAUUGCAUUCCCAUGGAAUGAAAAACCAUCAGCUUAGAAUCAAAUGGAUUUUGCAUGUGUUUGGUAUAUUACGUGUGAAAUAGGACGGUGUAUAUUGUAAUUUAUCUUAAGCUUCUUAUAUUCAUCUAUCUACGUAUCGCCGUGCUCUGAGAGUUGAUCCUUUCCAAAUCCUUAUUUUGAUUCUUUCCUUCUGGUUUGUAUGUUGUAGGAUCUUAUGUUGGAUAUUGAAUAUUG